CCCUCGAUUCUUUUGCUGUGUGUAUAAAACUUGGACAGUGCCAAAUAACUGUACAGUCACCACAAGACCCGACAUCACUCAAGCAUCAUGAACUCAUUUGGCGUGGUACUCGCCUUUGCCCUGGCCACAGUGGCUAUCGCUGAGCCUCCUUCUGGCUACAGCUACAGUAGGCCAAGCGGAGGCGGCUCAAUCGGGGGCGGCAUCUCACUGGGCGGUGGGCUGUCCGGAGGCGGUGGCGGCUACACGGCCGUGUCUUCCGGCUACCAGACCUCCGAAGGUGCGUCUGUCGACCCCGCUCUUCUUGAGCAAGUUCGCCAGAUCCUCCUCAAAGAAGAGCAGAACUCAGCCUCCAGUUCCAGCAUCGGAGGCGGCAUCAGCUCCUCCUACGGAGCCCCAUCCGCCCAAUACGGCGCUCCAUCUCCUCAAUACGGAGUGCCCAGCUACAGCACCAGAGUGGUGGGAAUCGACCUGGAGGGUAUCAAGCAAGCCAUCCAAGUGGCUCAAUACAACCAGAUUUCCCAGGCUCAGGGCUUCAGCGGCUACCCAAGCGGACCUUCCAGGCCAUCCGGCAGCUACGGAGCUCCCUACUAAGCUCCCACAGCUGAAAGAACUGAUUAAGUGUACCUAACAUCGCAAUUACCAUCUCAACACGGGUCAUGAUGCAUCUCAACGACUGUCAGCCACAACAUCUACAUCGAGUGAUCGUAACAACAUCAAAUUUAAUUGUUUUUGUAUAAAGUUUUUAUGUUUUUUAGAAAAAAAAUAUAUUUGUCACCGUAAA